GACAUGUGCUAACAUGCCUGGCCGAUGCUCCACCAUAGUUAAGACAACAGUUGAUACACAUAAGUGAAGAUAGUUGGAUUUUAGAGAUAAUCAUGGUAAUUCUUAAAAUAAUGCUUAUACAAGUUGUACUAGUAUUGAUUAAUUGAUAUUUUACACAUACCAAGAAAACUAAAACAAACAAAACCCCAACUAUCAAAGGCAGUCUACCCUAAGUAGACCAUGAUACUGUAUUAAAAAUGAAUGUGAAAGUACUACGAAGAACACCGUGGUUUACCUGGGCCAGGGGAUGACUAUUCCAUACUCAGUCAACCUUGCCAGUCAUCCUUAUCAGGAUGAGAAACUAGUCUAGAAAAGUCAGUAAAUCUUUUGAUAGUUUCACAUCUGAAAGCCAGGAUAAGACUACAUCUUGGAACCUGAAGAGGAUGAAAAGGCCUUCCUUCAGCCAUGCUCCGUGGCUCUGGAGGAGGUUCAUGUGCACAGAAUUCAGCUGUGUUUACCUGUGCAUGACAUCUGAGCCUCAGGAAUAGGUCUUCAUAAUGCUUAGUAAUUGGCACAAAGAUAAAAGCAGGCGCGAGUGUAAUGGUAACUGUAGUUCCAGGCGUUGGCAGUUGUCUGCCAGCCCUUCAGUCCAAUGGUGUCUGUUCAUUGAUUCCACAGAGCUUAUGUUGAAUGAGGAAGACUGUUUCUGUCAACAGGACUGUUUUUCACUGUGAAUGAUUUUUUACAGUUUUAAAGAUAAAGCAAACAUGUUCACUACUAUUCUUAGGCACAAUGAUUAUCUGUUUGAAGGGUAUGUCUCAAAUAGUCAUCUUAUUAAUCUUCUCUCCAAAGCCUUUUUUGAGCACCUUAUGUACCUGAUCAAAGCUCCAGCCCAAGGAGUUGCCACCAUUUAUCUGGCCACUCCUUUUCCAAACCCACACCGACCAGUGAAGAGUUAGCCUGACUAGCCGGACAGAUAGACCAUCAUCGUGUGAUUUCCGCCUGAGCCCAGUGUUUCUUUACUGACCCUGACACAAAAUGACUUCAGGGAUCCCUCACUUAGUUCCCACUCUACAGAUUCCAUCAUCAUCAUCAUCUUACACAGAUGUCACCGCAGCGUUCACAUUGGAGGUCUUAUCUCCCACGGCCUCUUGACUAGAGCUCCAGGGACCAAGUAGAGUCCUCCUUGUCUAUGACAUGCAGUUAUCACAGCAGUUGGACCUGUUUCCUGAAUGCAGAGUGACCCUUCUGUUAUUUAAAGAUGUAAAAAAUGCAGGAGACCUGAGAAAAAAGGCCAUGGAAGGAUCUAUCAAUGGGUCGUUGAUAAACCCUAGUGUGAUUGUCGACCCAUUUCAGAUACUUGUGGCCGCGAACAAAGCCGUUCAUCUGCACAAACUGGGAAAAAUGAAGACAAGAACUCUGUCUACUGAAAUUAUCUUCAACCUCUCCCCAAAUAAUAACAUUUCAGAGGCUUUGAAGAAAUUCGGCACCUCAGAAAGUGACACUUCCGUUCUGAUCGUUUACAUUGAAGAGGAAGGAAAACAGAUACACCGAGAACACCUGAUAUCUCAAGUGGAAGGCCAGCAGGUGCCUUUGGAAAGCCUUCCAGAAAUAACAAAGCUUGCAGAAGUCAAAAAGAUAUAUAAACUGUCAUCACAAGAAGAGAGUAUUGGGACGUUAUUGGAUGGUAUCAUUUGUAGAAUGUCAACAAAGGAUAUUUUAUAAGUUGCCUAAAGUAUCAACAGAAAAUCUCAAAGUUAAUCACUAGCUGUUCUUUCCUGGUUAUAAAAUGAACAUACUCAUCGCUGGAAAAGGGAAAAAGAAACUGCUACCAGGCCUGCUUUCCUUUCACCUCUUAAAGGUCCCAUGGGUCCCCCCCACCCAUCCACCCCCACCCCCCACCCCACCCGUCACUGGGUUUGCCACCGUCUCCUUGUUUUCUGUUGUUUCAGUACCUUUUAUUUUUACACAAUUGGAAUAAAAAGUUCAAGCACCCAG